AUGUUGGGAGUUAAUGAGGCAGGUGGUGAUAGCACAUAUUUGGGGCUGCCAAAUAUUGUGGGGCAUAAUAAAACGGCCUUACUUGGGUUUUUGAAGGAAAAAAUGCGGAAAAAGAUUCAAGGUUGGGAAGGAAGAUUGCUUUCUCGACCAAGGAAGGAAUUGCUCAUAAAAACUGUUGCCCAAUCUCUUCCUAGUUAUGCAAUGAAUGUUUUUUUGCUCCCUGUGGAAACUUGUAAUGAGAUCAAGCAAUUGAUGUGUAAGUUUUGGUGGCGAUCGUCUAAAAAUAACAAAGGCAUCCAUUGGAAAAAGUGGGAUAGAUUGACGGUGCAUAAGUCUAAAGUUGGUAUGGGAUUUCGAAAUCUGAGAGACUUUAACUUGAGUUUGCUUUGUAAACAAGGAUGGAGACUUUUUAGUCAUCUGGACUCUCUCGUCAGUAAGCUUUUUAAAGCUAGAUACUACCGCAAUGGUACAUUUUUAAAUGCGGAGUUAGGUAGCAAUCCAAAUGAUGAUAAUCCAAGGGUAACAUCUAUUAAUCCUGCUCUUGUUGAUCAAAAUGUUAAAGCGCUUAUGGAAACUGAUUCGCUGGCUUGGGAUAUCAACUUGAAGCUAAGUGUUCCCCCAAAAGUGAAAGACUUGUUAUGGCAGGCUGCUACUAAUUGUUUGCCGACAAAAAUAAGACUACGCUCUAUAUAUGUGCUGGUUGAUGCCGUUUUCCCUGUGUGCAAAGACACUGAUGAAACAAUCUACCAUAGCCUGGUGGAUUGCUCUUUUGCCAAGGGAUGUUGGCAACGGUUGGCUACUGGUGUUAAUCUGACAGCAGUUGGUUCUUUGGCCAACUAG